GUAUGAAGGAUCAGGGAAGGGUUUGUAGUGGGGACACACACACACAGUCCUGAUCAGUGGCAGGCAGAGUGGGUGAUUGCUGUGAUAGUGGAUGAGAUCCGGUGACAAGUUGUGUGAUGAGUGCGGCUGAUUGGUCUCGGUCGGUGUGAGGAAGUAUUGUGUGGAUCAUGUCAGUGGAUGAGGAGUAGUCAGGCUCCCUCUCUCUCCCUGUGUGUGUGUGUCAGGUCAGCGUGCACACAGCAGCCGAUCAGUGCGGGUGUAGCGAGCAGCCGAUCAGCACUCCCCGGACUUUGCUCCUCGGUACACGGCGGUGAAGAUGAGGCUGAAGCCGGGUUUCCUCCUGCGGAGUCUGCUGGUCCUGGCCACUUUCCUGGCUCUGCUCAUCCUGUGGUCGUCGCUCUCCUCUGGCCGGAUCGAGCCGCAGCCCCAUCUCCCCCGGGAAGAAAAUGCCAACCUCCCUCAGCCUGGUAAAGUAGAAAAAAAUCUUGACUCCAAACAUGACUUUCAGCCUGUGGUACCAUGGCCCCGUGUGGAGGGUGUGGAGGUCGAUCUCGAUUCUAUCAGGAGAAAGAAUAAAGUUCAGAACGACCAUAAUCACAUAGAAGGGAAGCCAAACAACCAGCAGAAUGUUCCACAGCGACAGUUUGUCACUUUUAAACCACAAACUCUUGUGUAUUCUGAACCCGUUCUUCGUCCUGGAGUGUUGGGGAAUUUUGAACCCAAAGAACCAGAACCCCAGGGUGUGGUUGGUGGUCCUGGAGAAGGAGGAAAGCCAUUCAUUCUGGGCUCUGAAUAUAAGGAGUCCGUUCAAGCCAGCAUUAAAGAAUUUGGAUUUAACAUGGUCGCAAGUGACAUGAUCUCACUAGACAGAACAGUCAACGACUUACGGCAGGAUGAGUGCAGGUACUGGCAUUAUGAUGAAAACCUCCUGACAUCUAGUGUGAUCAUUGUCUUCCAUAAUGAAGGCUGGUCUACGCUCAUGAGGACUGUUCACAGUGUUAUCAAGAGGACCCCUAGGAAAUUCCUAGCUGAGAUUGUCAUGAUAGAUGACUACAGUAACAAAGAUCAUUUAAAGGGAAGAUUGGAGGAAUAUAUCAAACAAUGGAAUGGCCUGGUUAAGGUCUUUAGAAAUGAACGUAGGGAAGGUCUGAUUCAAGCUAGAAGCAUUGGUGCCCACAAAGCUAAACUAGGACAGGUUUUAAUUUAUCUAGAUGCACACUGUGAAGUGGGAAUUAAUUGGUAUGCCUCAUUAAUAGCCCCCAUAGCCCACGACAGAACUGCUUGUACUGUUCCUCUAAUAGAUUACAUUGAUGGCAAUGUUUAUACCAUCGAGCCACAGCAAGGUGGGGAUAGUGAUGGUUUUGCUCGAGGGGCCUGGGACUGGAGCAUGUUAUGGAAACGAAUUCCAUUAAGUGACAGAGAAAAGGCCAAACGAAAGCAUAUAACUGAACCUUAUUGGUCACCUGCCAUGGCUGGAGGAUUGUUUGCCAUUGAGCGAAAUUAUUUUUUCGAGCUUGGUCUGUAUGAUCCGGGUCUUCAGAUCUGGGGUGGAGAGAAUUUUGAAAUCUCUUACAAGAUCUGGCAGUGUGGAGGAAAGUUGUUAUUCACACCUUGUUCACGUGUGGGGCACAUUUAUCGCUUACACGGGUGGCAAGGAAACCCUCCUCCUGUCUACGUGGGAUCAUCGCCAACACUGAAGAACUAUGUCAGAGUUGUGGAAGUCUGGUGGGAUGAAUACAAGGAUUACUUUUAUGCCAGUCGUCCAGAAACAAAAGCCCUGGCCUAUGGAGACAUCAGUGAACUGAGGAAAUUCAGAGAAGACCACAACUGCAAAAGUUUCAAAUGGUUUAUGGAGGAAAUAGCAUAUGACAUUCCUGAACACUAUCCUCUACCACCGAAAAAUUUAGAAUGGGGAGAGGUACGGGGUUUGGACACCAACUACUGCAUAGACAGCAUGGGCCACACUAAUGGAGGAAUUGUGGAAAUUGGAGCCUGUCACAGAAUGGGUGGAAACCAGCUUUUCCGAAUUAAUGAAGCUAAUCAAUUGAUGCAGUAUGAUCAGUGUCUGAGUAAAGGGCCGGAUGGAUUGAAAGUCAUGAUUACACACUGUAAUUUAAAUGAAUACAAAGAGUGGCAAUACUUCAAGAACAUACAUAGAUUUACCCAUAUCCCUACCGGAAAAUGCCUGGAUCGCUCAGAGGCUCUUCACCAAGUGUUCUUGUCAGACUGUGACUCCAGCAAACCAUCACAGAAGUGGGAAAUGAACAACAUCCUCGGUGUAUAAAGUGGAAGGUCGACAAAUGAAGAUUACAUUGGCUUAAGCCAGCCUGAAACCUGCUGCAAUGAGUAACUCUGUACAGUCAACACACAAUGAAGGAUAACGGAGACCUACCCGAUGAACACUGGGUCAUCCUGCAGUUAAUGUUUACAAGACUGCUUUUACCUUUAAACUUUUUACACGUUUACAUCAUCUUGGUCCAAGAUAAUGUUUGUUAAAGUGCUUCUAGCUCUGUUUGUAGGAACAAAGCUAAAGACUCUAUUUCUCGGGAUUCUACUCAGGGGUUGGAAGGUAGUUUUUAACACACACUUGAAAAUCAUUUAAUUGGUGAGACAUGUCCUGUGUCUUGGUGAUUAACUAUUAUCUCAAUUUACUUUUCACUCUUCUUUUUCUUUUCCAAGCACUGCCACAAUUUCUUUUAGUAAUGGUGGCCUUUGUCUGUGCUGCUGUUUUGGAUGGUAACAUUGGGAAAAUUUUAGUGCCUCUUCCAUUUCUUUCAUAUUUUUUUAGGAGAAGUGUAUGCUUGCCAUAUGUAAGAGAUGAACUCCAAAAAAAGAAUUGUUUGGUGGUUGUCUGAAAGAAGAAUCAAUUGGUGAAACUUUUUGCUGCUGGGCGAACAUACAGUGUUCCAGGCCACAUGUGUUAUGGUGGAGCAGACUGGUGCAUUGUAAAUACAGGUACUUGGAAGAUUUCUAGGUUGUAGAUGGUAAAGAAAUCCUCAAACUUGAA